AUGGCAGAGACGCGAACUACUUCAACCAGCACAGGCCAAUAUGACUUGCUCCUGGCCAUGUCCCAGGACAGUGUCAAUUCGGGUUUGAGUGCCAUGUGGGAUCUUGAUGGUGACAACAUGGACAGCAUCGAGUUCGAUGGCGAGACUGUUGGUAUCAUCGGUAACAUCAAUGGCAAGAUUGGCGCCCCUGAUGUCCAAGUCAUCGCUGCAGGAGCGGGACGUGGAUCUGUUCUGUUUCGAUUGACUUUCACCGAAGGCACAACCGCAGUAUUCAACAAGGCUACUAAAAAGAAAGAGAAGAAAAACCUAAAGGGCUUUCAGAUCGCUUUCAAGGUUGAUAUUGCUCUCGACAGCUUGCACAAUGAGGUCACUCGUUACGAGACUCAACUACGAGACAGCCGCAAUACACCAGAAGAGACUCAAGAACUCCAGGCAAAGUUGGACAAAGUCAAAAAGACGAUCGAGUCUUUCGGAAAGCAAGCUGGCGACUUCUCUAUCCAACGCCUCUUUUUGGAUUUCACUACCGCCGACAUUAGUUCUCUGCCUGAAUCUGAGCUCCGUAUGCCUGGCAUGGACGCAAAUCAAAUUACGGCAUUUGCAUCCAUGCUUCAUCAAUGGCUCACUACCAACAAAGAAUCUUCAAGCACUACGUUGGGCUAUGGCUUGGCCAUAGAUCCAGCCAAAGCUAGCAACUACAAAGUUGCAGAUGUCCUGAUGCCAACUUGGGUUAAUCUACAGACGUACCCCUACAAAUCUGAUCCUGGAGCUGACCCAAAACUUGGCUGGACUGGUGAUGCAGCAAGAAACUGUGUGACUUACUGCAAUAUGACCGAGAAUCGCGCAGUGCAAGGAGAAAGGACAUUGGCAUGGAGCGGGAACUUUACCACCAUCAACCCUGACAAGGAGAAGCGAAUCGACGGAACUGCAAUCAUUCGGAAAGGCUUGUUUCUAGACAAGUUCGUCAUCCCCAUGCUUCGACAGUAUAAUGACGACUUGCAAAUCGUCGCGGAAACCAUGGAAAUCUCACGAGAUGGCCCUGCUGGUCAGCGUCGUUUCCACUGGACGUACUCCUCCGCUCUAGGACGUCAUGGAUCUUACCAGUGGACCGAUCCAUACUACGACUUUACGCAGAAUGCUCAGGGGAUGAAUCUGAACAAUGUCAAUACUCGUGAUCAUUUCCAAGACGCCGUCAACAAAGGUUUUGAUGCCGUUUCCCGUGCGGACGGAGUGUCGUGGUCUUGGUCAAAGAGUUGCGACACCGGAACAAAGUCAAGCAACCAAGAUUGGCACUUCCCACAAGACUUUUGCAACUGGUCAGACCAUUUGUCCGGUCGAAACAUGAGUUACAGUGCAGUGGAUGUUGUGCCAAUUCCAGGCCAAGGUAGAAUCAAGAUUCGUGGUUUCACUGAAGCCAAAGUGCAAUAUGAUGGAUAUUACACUCGCUUGGUCGAGAGCAAUCUGAAAUAUGUUGGAAAUCUCUUCGUCCAGGCUUUCUGGCAGGUCGAUAUUGUCCUUUCUUCGACCAGUGCCGACGGCAUGAAAACGAGUUUUGAGAAUCAACACGCCUUUGUCUUCCCCUACCAUGAUGAGCAAGGCGUGCCGAACGACAAAACGAACAGCAGAGAAUUCGUCAACAAACUCGAACAUCAAAUCCCUGAGAUGUUGAAGGAGAAGAACUCCAUUUGCAAAGCAAUCAACGAUGCCCUCGAGGCAACUGGCAAAUUCACCCACCCUUGCGCUGGUGAAUUCAACCUCAAGGACCCGGUCUUCAAUCGCAACGGCGACCUCUUAUUUACCGCGCAGUACAAGGCACCUGUAGCAGGCCGUCUACGCUCUAUGCCAGCUAUUGGAGAAGAAGUUUCGCAGCGCGAUCCCAGUGACCCAGGCAAGUAUAUCGAGGUGACUGGAGAUGUCCAGGCUCCCAUUGGAAAGAAGGGAGGUUAG